AUGCCUUCGCGGAAAUAUCAGUCCGUUGGAAACGACGAGAGUGUAGUGAUUUCCGGGAUUUCCGGACGAUUUCCACAGACGGACAAUGUUCAGGACUUUGGACGCAGUUUGUUCGAGAAGCGGGACUUGGUGGAUGAUCGAGAGAUACGGUGGACGCAUACCAUGCAGGGUAUGCCGAAGCGAACGGGGAAGUUGAACAAUUUGGAUAAGUUUGAUUACCAGUUUUUCGGCAUGGAUCGUCGCAUGCGGGAUACGAUGGAUCCGCAGGUGCGGAUGCUGAUCGAACAUGUGUACGAAGCCAUUCUGGAUGCCGGUAUCAAUCCGGAGAGUUUGCGUGGUUCGCGGACCGGUGUGUUCGCAGGUGUUUGUUUCUCCGAAACCGAGGUGCGAAUGUACUACAUUGCUUGUCCUCCGAAGGGAUUGGGAAUACUGGGAUGUUCCAAGUCACAACUGGCGAAUCGUGUGUCGUACACUUUGGAUUUCAGGGGACCCUCUAUGGUGUGUGAUACUGCCUGCAGCAGUUCGAUGUACGCUUUGGACCUAGCGUACCGAAGCAUAGUGAAUGGAGAAUGUGAUGCGGCAGUCGUCAUGGGAAGCAACUUAACUUUGCAUCCAUUUAUAACGUAUCAAUUUUGGCUGCUGGGCGUUCUGGCGACGGAUGGAGUAUGUCGACCCUUCGAUAAAAAUGCCACCGGCUAUUCCAGAUCGGAAGCGACUUGUGCAAUAUUCCUGCAAAAAGCCAAAGAUGCUAAACGAGUUUAUGCAAAUCUAGUGCACUCCAAAACAAACUGCGAUGGAUUCAAAACGGAAGGAAUUACUUAUCCGUCGGGUGUUAUGCAGCAGCAACUUUUGACGGAAUUUUACAACGAAGUUGGCAUUAGUCCAACUGAAGUUGAUUACGUGGAAGCUCACAGCACAGGAACCUACGUUGGUGAUCCGGAGGAAUGUGACGCAUUGGAUAAGGUGUACUGUACGGGGAGGAAACAAUCUUUACUGGUUGGCUCGGUAAAAUCAAAUAUUGGCCAUUCGGAACCCUCCGCCGGAGUGUGUUCCAUUGCAAAAUGUAUCGUUGCAAUGGAGACCGGUUUGAUUCCACCGAAUAUCAACUUCGAAGAAGUUAAGCCUUCCAUUCCGGCUUUGGUUGAGAAAAGAUUGCAAGUGGUUACCGAAAUAACACCUCUGAGUGGUCCGCUGGUUGCCAUUAAUUCGUUUGGUUUUGGAGGUGCAAAUGCACAUGCCUUGUUGUGUCAAAAUUUGAAGGAAAAAAACAAUCUUGGUCUGCCAGCAGAUGAUCUUCCUCGGUUGGUGGUGUGGUCCGGAAGAACCAGGGAAGCAGUUGAGACAAUGCUAAGGGCUAUAACGCAGCGUCCGUUGGAUACGGAGUUCCUUGCUUUGUUGUACAACAUACAGAAGCAGGCAACCCCCGGACAUAGAUAUCGUGGUUAUGGAAUCUACCGGAAAAACGGCAGCAAGCCGGCAAUUCUUCAGGAAUCCUGUAUUGAACGAAUCGAACUUGAACCAUUACCUCUGGUUGCAAUUUUCGGAGGAAUCAAUCCGCUAUGGCGACAGGAACUUGACGGAUUGAAGAAGUUCAUGUCGGUCGAAAAUACUUUGACCAGAUGCCAAGCAGUUCUUCAAACUCUAAAGUUCGAUCUGUUCAAAAAAUCUUCUGCUAAGGAAUCCCUGCUGCACACCAUGGUAGGAACGACUAUUCUGCAGAUCGCCAUUGUUGAUCUACUGAACUCAAUCGGCGUGAAAUUCGAUCAAUACGGAGGUCAUUCAGUUGGGCAGUUUACCUGCGCGUAUCUCGAUCGUGGUUUAAGCUUGGAGCACGUCCUCCGGGCAGUUUUCUGGCAUGGCCUGGUCUACACGGAAAGCAAAGCCCUAAGUGAAUGCACUGCUUUGGUGCAAACCAACGCCAAAUUGGAUCGUCUUCCACUGAAGGAUAUGAUCAGAAACAGCAGCAAUACUUUUGGAGUUCUAUCCGGUUCUCAGCAGAUAAUUUUCGAACAAAUUCGGCAGCUGAAUUCAUCGGGUUUCGGUGCGGAAGAGCUUCCGUUUGCUUGUCUGUGUUGCGAUCCACCGAAGGACGGUUCAUUGUCCAACAAACUGCGCCAAACAAUGAAUGCCGUGCUCACUCAGAUGGUGCUACCAACAUCGAAGUGGAUAACUGCGAAGCUUCCACAAACGUCAUCGAUUUUCCAUUCACCCAAAACACACAAUUUGAUUUCGAUCGUAAAUCUGUUGGAUCAUAUUCCACGGCACAGUUAUGUGGUGGAACUGGGCGGACAUCAAUCGUGCGAAAAAGUUUUAAACCUUUUGAACUACAAAUCAAAUUACCUUCCACGGGGACUUGAAUCGCCGGAUGUGGCUUGCAGAUUGUUGUGCAGAAUUGGACACAUGUACUUAACCACACAGAAUCCCCAAAUCGCAAAGCUAUACCCAGCGGUCCCGUUUCCGGUGUCACGGGGAACCGCCAUGAUAUCUUCACUGGUCCGGUGGGAUCAUCGUGAAACGGCUUUCGUGGUACAUUAUAAGGGCGACGAAACGAUCAACUCAAACACGUUGGCUUUUAAGAUAAGUUUGACCGAUCGGGAUUACCAGUACAUCGUGGGUCACUGCAUCGACGGUCGGGUGCUGUUUCCCGCUACCGGCUACCUGCAGCUGGUUUGGGAUUUGGUGUGCUCGCUAGUUCGCCGUGAGCUGUUGCAUACUCCGGUCGAGUUCGAGGAUGUUCAGUUCCUGCGCGCCACCACGCUGACAAAGGAUCAAACCGUUUACCUGGACGUGAUGCUGCAACGGGUGUCCGGAUUCUUUGAGGUACUGGAAGGUGAGACGGUCGUUGUUACGGGAUAUAUCCGGGAAAUGCCCAUUGCACCGAGCAGCACCAUGACUGAAAACGAUUCAAAGGCAACGCUGCUGCCAACCAAAGAUUUCUACAAAGAACUUCGCCUGCGGGGUUACCAUUAUUCCGGAGUCUUCAAGUCGGUUAUGGAGGCACGGGCGGACGGAUCGCAGGCGAAAAUCGAAUGGAAAGGCAACUGGGUGGCUCUGAUGGAUUGCAUGCUGCAGGUUGGCAUUAUUGUGUCCGAUACCCGCUCGUUGAUGGUACCGACGGCAAUCGAAAAGAUUUCCAUCAACCCCCUGAAGCACAUGGAGCAGCUGCAGAAAGCCGACGGUGGACGGGAAUUUUUCACCGUCAAAGCUUGCGCGAUGUCGAAUGUUUCGGUAUGCGGCGGAAUCGUAAUUACCAAUCCACGUGCGAUGAUGGUUGGUCGGAGAAAUCCUGGUAUUCCGGUGCUUGAAAGCUACCAAUUCGUUCCGUAUAACAAUAAGAAACCGAUUUCCGCAUUGGAGGCGAUAAGAAGUUCCGUCCAAUUGGCUUUGGAAAAUGUUCCGACUUAUACCAUUGGAGUAACGGAAGUUUAUGUUGAAGGACUCCCCGUGCUGUGUCAUUUGUUCGGUGAAGCCGUCGCCGAUCUUCCCCUGGUUCAAUCCAAUUUGGUCCUAUUGGCAAGCAAAGAACCGGAAUCAAGCAAUAUUCACGUCAAAAAUGAGAAGUUAGCAGAUCAAACUGGCUCCUUAUUCGUAAUCUCGGACAACAAAUUAGGCGAGUUUAGUUUUCUGCAGUCCAUUAUGUCAUGUCUGGUGGAUAGCGGAUUUUUACUUGUGCGCGAGAGUCCCGAUUUUGAGGCAGAAGAAUUUCGACCACCGAACGAGUUCAAUCACAUUGCCACCUUCCGUGUCGAUCAGGCUGAAACGUUGCUUCUUCUUCAAGCCAAAAGUCGUUUGUACACAGAAUCACCCAUGGCGAUUCAGGUGCACACGAACGACUAUACCUGGCUGCUGGAGCUGAAACAGGCAGUGAAAUUUAUGCCUGUCGUUGCGUACGCUCAAAAUGAUUCAACUUCCGGAGUCUUGGGAUUGGUCAACUGUAUUCGAAAGGAACCUAAGCUGCAAAAUGUUCGAUGUGUGUUCAUUGACGAUCCUACCGCUCCGCCGUUUGCCUUGGACGAUCCGUUCUACCAGAAUCAACUGAACCUAGGGUUGGCCAUAAAUGUUUACAAAGAUGGCGUCUGGGGCAGUUAUCGACAUGCGUUGCUGCCUCCAAUGAAAAAAGUUGGACCAGUGAAUGAUCAUUGCUAUGCUAACUGCUUGACCAAAGGUGACCUAUCAUCGUUGAUGUGGUUCAAAGGACCCCUGAAUGAGCAGCUUGGCGAUGGCAACAAAAUUCGGGUAGUUUACAGUGCACUGAACUUUCGCGAUGUGAUGGUUGCAACGGGACGACUUUCGUCGGAUGUUCUGCUGUCCGAUCGGUUGACCGAGGAAUGUGAGCUGGGCUACGAAUUCGCCGGGAUAACCGAGGAUGGCAGAAGACUAUUUGGUUCGGUACAAUCCGCUGGGUUGGCCACAAUUACACAAUUCAGUCCAGAGUGGACAUGGCCGGUUCCUGAUGAUUGGACAAUGGAGCAGGCGUGUACGGUACCGUUGGUGUACGCUACGGUGUUCAGUGCCUUUCAUAUAUAUGCGAACAUUCAGAAGGGAAAAUCAAUUUUGAUUCACGCUGGCAGUGGCGGUGUUGGUCAAGCAGCGAUUCAGGUAGCCCUGGCUGAAGGUUUGGAGGUAUUCACAACGGUUAGUACACCGGAGAAAGCGGCAUUUUUGCUGAAGCGGUUUCCUGAUUUGAAGCCAAUAAAUAUUGGCAACUCGAGGGACAUUUCCUUCGAGCAAAUGGUGAAACAUCGAACCAACGGCAAGGGGGUGGAUUUCGUGCUGAACUCGUUGGCCGAGGAAAAGCUGCAGGCUUCGAUACGGUGCCUCGGCAAAGGGGGACAUUUCCUGGAGAUCGGCAAAUACGAUAUGGCUCGGAAUUCGAAGAUCUCGAUUGCGUUGAUGCAGCGAGGGCUGACGUUUUCCAGCGUGAUGCUCGAUUAUAUGUGGAAGGAUAGUGAAAGUUUUAAAGGGCUCCACAGUCGGCUGGAUAAAUUCUUCCGCUCGGGCGUGGUCAAACCGUUGAAUGCCACCGUGUACGAUGCGGGCGAUCUGGAGCAGGCAUUCCGCUAUCUAGCUUCCGGAAAACACAUCGGCAAGGUACUGCUGAGGUUGCGCAGCAACGAAACCGACCGGGAAACGCUGCCGAUAACCUACGUUCCGAGGGUGUACUGCAAUCCGGAACAUGUCCAGGUGCUGAUCGGUGGACUUGGUGGGUUCGGACUGGAGCUUGCCGAUUGGUUAAUUCUUCGAGGUUGCCGAAGGCUGGUGCUGAGCUCCGGUAGGGGGAUUACCAAACCGUAUCAGGAGUGCCGUAUAAAAUUAUGGGAAAGUUACGGAGUCCGGUUGGCGAUUAGUACUGAAGACAUCACCACCCGGGAAGGAUGUUACUCGCUGCUGCGAGAAGCUAACAAGUUGGGAAUAGUCACGGCAAUAUACAACCUUGCGGUGCAGCUACGGGAUGGUAUACUGGAAAAUCAGACGACGGAAAAGUUCUACGAGUGCCUUGGUCCAAAAGCACACGCUACCGAGCAUCUGGAUGUUGCUAGCCGCGAGUGUUGUCCACAGUUGAAACGGUUUGUGGUGUUUUCCAGUGUUUCGUGCGGUCGAGGAAAUGCUGGACAGAGUAAUUAUGGUAUGGCGAAUUCCAUCAUGGAGCGAAUCAUUGAGCGGCGAUGGGCCGAGGGUCUGCCAGCGAAGGCUAUCCAGUGGGGUGCUGUAGGAGAGGUUGGCCUAGUGGCCGACAUGGUGGAAGAUAAGGUGGACAUGGAGAUUGGUGGAACACUACAGCAGCGGAUUAGCUCGUGUUUGCAGGAGUUGGAUCGACUGUUGACUUGCGAGGAACCGAUCGUGGCUAGUAUGGUGGUAGCGGAAAAGCGGUCUGGAGGAGGUUCGAAGAACAUCAUCGAAGCUGUGAUGAAUAUUAUGAAUAUUCGGGAGUUGAAGUCCGUUUCGAUGGAAAGCACCCUGGCGGAUAUCGGAAUGGAUUCGCUGAUGGCGGUUGAGAUCAAGCAAGUUCUCGAGCGAGACUUUGAUCUGGUCUUGUCGCCGCAAGACCUGCGUACGUUGACGUUCUCUAAGCUGGUGAAAUUGGAUGAAAAGAAGAAGCAAGCGGAGUUGGAUGGAGGCGGGAAGGACGAAAAAGCUGAAAAUGAACCAGCAGAUGGCGUUGAGGUUUUGAUAAGAAAUUUGGGUACGGAAGAAAACAGUGAUCAAACCCUUCUCCGACUACCGUCGGCUAGUGAGACCGGACGACCGGUGCUAGUAAUCCCGGGUCUCGAAGGAGUUGCGUUAAAUGUGUGGCACAUGCUAGCAGCCAAGAUUAAAGCCCCGGUGUUGUUGUUACAAGUUUUAAGUACCUACGAAUGCGAUAGUGUUUCGGAGAUUGUGGAUUGUGUGAUUGAGGAGUUGUGUAGCACGUUAUUCAACAAGUACGAUAACUACACGAUCGUGGGCUACUCCUUCGGAUCGCUGAUCGCGAUAGAGAUCGUUAAGCGUUUACAAGCGCGAAAAAUGAGCGGUAAACUUCUGCUGCUGGAUGGUGCCCCAAAGUUCAUGAAAUUCCUGUCCCUCCAACAGAUGGGCGACACGCCGGAGAAAAUCCAGAAAAAACUUAUGGCGCUUAUUGUUUCGUUCGCGCUGCCAAACGAAUCCGUCGAGAAGCUUCUUUCGAUUAUGAAGGCACCGACGUUCGAGGAGCAAACGGAGAAGUUGAUUGAACUGGCUAAAGGUCAAACCGUGUACUCAGCCGAGUACACCCGAAAAAUGACGAAAGCUUUGUACAAACGGAUUCGUAUGGCAGCACUACUCAAUUUGGAUGCUGGCCGGCCGUUGAACGUGCCGAUAACGCUGAUACGACCGAGUGCGGCUUCCUAUUUGGACAUCGAGAAUGAUUACGGAUUGUCCGAAUACACGAGUGGACCGGUGGCGGUGCGAACGAUCGAAGGCAGCCACAUGUCAAUGGUGGAAAAUCCCGAGCUUGUGGAGAUUAUAAAUAGCUUUAUUCUGUAG